GCUGUGUAUCGACUAAAGAGCGGUCAGUGAAACGGGCUGUUCAGCCAUAUUUGUUUAUAUCAAUUUAAAAGUUUUAAGUUCACUGAUUACAGAUUGUGUGCUAGUAGUGCUAUUGGUGGAAAGGACCCAAAACAAAGAUGAUUAACAACAAAGUCUACAUAGCGCUUCUUGCUUUUCUUGCCACUUCUGUCAGUCAAUCAACAAAUUCUUCGUCUAUCUCGAAACCAGGCAACAAUUCAACGGCUAGCCCAUCACAAAUAAAAACAUGUUUUAUAGAAAAAACUAGAAGAGUCCGUACAUUCCCCACACUGGUAGAUUAUCAAGGCAAUCAUUACAGCUUUGAUCCUCGAGAUCCGACAUACCAAGGCAACAUAGUAAACUUCAGUUUUACCACAAUUUACAACCUGUCAACCAAUGAUUUCGUGAGUUUUGGCUCGGACAGUAUCAUGGAGAUAGACCUUCACCACAAAGAAAUAAAGUCUGUAGGAACUGGCACUUUUAAAGGCUUGUUUUGUCUGAGUAAGCUAGAUCUCAGCUUCAAUAACCUUAGUAUGGUAACAGAAGGUAGUUUCGAAGGUCUAGAGAAUCUUAAACAACUGGACCUGAGUCACAAUCAACUUGUAGACAUUCCUGAUAGCGGUAUGGCGUUUUUGGCGUUAAAGAAUAUAGAAGUACUAGAUUUAUCGUUUAACAAAAUAAGAUCCAUAAGUAAGCUCUCCUUUAUGUUUCUGUACAAUUUAGAAAUUCUGAAUUUAGGUCAUAAUAAGAUCAAAACUAUAGACGACAGAGUUUUCAACUACUUGACACAGUUGAAAGAACUGAGUCUGAAUGACAAUCUAUUAGUGGAGACUUUCGCUGAAAAAUGGAAUGGUUUAGAAAACCUCACGAGUUUAGAUCUAUCAGACAACUAUUUGACUUCAUUUGAUACUGGCAAUAACUACACUUUCUAUAACUUGAAACGACUGAAUUUGAGCGGCAACAGUUUGCAGCACUUUAAUGUCUAUUGGCUUAGAAAGAAUUUUCCUGCUUUAGUUAGUUUGGAUUUGGCGAAUAACAGUUGGUUUUGCGAAGAUUUGGAAUCAAUCAAGCAUGGAAUAAUCGAUUUGAGAAUUACUAUUCCUCGUGAGGUAGGUUGUAGCGAGAUAAAAACAACUUCUGUCAAAACUACUACCACACAAUCUACUACAGCUGUACCAACGCGUGGUGCGGUUCAAACCAGUAGUCAGCCUCAGGUGAACUAUGGAGUGGAACUUUUGAAGCAGAACGGCAAAAUUAUAGAAUCCAAUAAGGAAUUAGUUAUGGCUGUUGACAGUUUAAGGACUAUGGUAAUAAUUGUUUUUCUUGUAGUGAUAAUAGGAAUGGUUAUAGGGAUAGGUGAGAGGGCGGGUUGUUUCAAAAAUUUAUCGCAACAGGUAAGAGGUAGGAGUAAUAGGGGAUAUUUAGAUUCUAAUGAUAUUGAAAGUGUUGGUUUGAUAAGCCGUUGAAAGUAGAUGAUAAUUAUUGAAUUGUUGAUGUUUAAGAUAAUAGGAAAUUUUGUUGAAGAAUAUUUUAAAACAAUGUGGAAAUAAAUUUCUAUUUUUUAUGUGAUUUAUAAUAAAAUAUCUCUUUCAAAUGAAUUCUUACUACGGAAGUUAUCUUGUCAAUUUUACCAAAAAUCAAAUAACUGUAGGAUUUUUACGAUAAUUUUAGAAUGACAGCAGACCAUUAGGGAUUUAGAUUAUCAUGUUGUUAACUUUUUAAGGUAUUUGAUUAAAAAUCAUGUAUUUUUUUAUUAUUAAACCCUAAUUUAAAAAAUUACAGUCAUAAGAGUAUCAUUGGACUACCAGCUAACUUCUUCAUUCCAUGGCACAAAAAUUUUAAUAUUUUCCACUACACAUUUAUUGACUGAUAAAUUGAGUAGUAAUUGCAAGCUUUUAAAAUUGAAAAUUUUAAGUAAUUCUUAAGAUAUAUC